AUGUAUACAGCGCUCAAGAAAGGCAGUCACAGCCAAGACGGCACCUCUUCGGAAAGAUUACCUCUCUCUGACAAUUCCGAGUACCACGAUGAACAAUUUACUGGAGAGAAGUACAUGGAAGAAGGGGCCACCCGCAAUGUAAAGCGAGAACCGCGCCGGUGGUUGUCUGGUCUUCGAUUGCAAGGCGUUUGCUUUCAUAUUCUUCUGGCCUCGAUAUACGGAGCGCUGUUUUUGGUUGCAACGUACAAGACCAGAAAGUCCAUUGAAUGGCCAGAGCAAAAGCCAACCCAUCUCAUUGAGUCCCCGCUCUUUGAAGCGAUAGAGAUGGAGCGAAAGACAAUUUAUGCAUCCAUUGAGAGCGAGAAUCCCUUCAAGGGAGCACCCUCCGAAGAACUGGAUCAUGCAUGGCAUAAGUUGUUCAUCAACUCCAAUGUCCGGGUCACAGCAGAGGAUCUGGCGAAGAUCAAUCGGACUUCGGUUCCAAUCAAUGAUGCAGAGGGGGGAUAUUAUGCCAUCCCAGGUAAAUUCCUUCGUCAAGUCGUCUAUCAGAACUACUACCACGUCGGAAAACCGACGACCCCAAUCCACAUAGGUAUUUUCACCUCUCCGAGACAGCGGAACGAACUGAUAUUGACCAUCCUUCAAUUAGAACACUGCAUCGACAACAUCCGACAGAACAUCAUGUGUAAGGCAGACGUCGCCCUGCUAACCUUCUCAUGGGACAAGGACGAUCGCGCCCCGAAGCCAAACUUUGUGGUUGAGCAUGAGUGUGCCAACUGGGAAAAGGUGGACCACUGGGCCAAGGAACAUGCUUUCGAUAUUUUUGAUGAGACUACACUGGUUCAUCCAACAUUGGGUCCAUCAUUCCCCGAGGCAGAAUAUAAGAAAACGGGCAAGAUUCCAGGGCAUCCUGACUUCUAUCCAAAUGAGUAUCAUGGGGAGGAUCAGCAUGACCAUCAUCAUUCUUGA